CAAAUGCUCAAAGGGGAGAGAGUAGAGGACCACUUUGCGACCCACAAGGGUUGUUGUUUUUCUCCAUGCACUGUUUGUUUGCACUCCCGUGCGCACAAGGACUGCUAAAGGAUCACGCGCAGUCCAGCAAAGGGCUCUCGGAACUUGCCCGGUUUCUUUUUCUGGUGGAGAGCCGCUAGCAGAGAGGAGGAAAGACGGAAUCGCUGAGCUGGAGGCAGUUUUUUACAAGAACUCUGAUUUACUCCGAUGGAAUGAGACGCUGCAGAAACUCUCCUAAACUUGUGGAGAACUUUUCAUUUGGCGUCUCCUUUGUCCGUGAGACUUCCUAUUUGAAUUGUCAGCAAAAUCAUGUAUGGAUAGCGGGAUCUUCGCGGAAGGAUCCGGCUCAAAUGGGCAGCGCUGACGGGUUUAUGGAGCCGGGAUUACACAGCGCAGUGCCAGCCUGUUGAACGCCCACACACGGGCCUAUCACACACCAUCUGCCCCGGAAUAAAUAAGACUGCAGUGUAGAUCCAUGGAAGUAGAGUAAAAGUUUCACAUGACACUGCUCUGAAUUUCCUUUUCUUGCAGCCAGAACAAUGGCAAGCUCUGGCGCACGGACUAAGAGCGUCUGCAGAUCUAUUUGGCCUCUUGUAAGUGUGCUUUUGUUUUUAGGGUACUCCUCCGUGGCCUCGCCGUCCCACGGCCGGCGGCUGAUAUGCUGGCAAGCCAUCAUGAACUGCCAAGCCGAGCCCGAGUGCAAUUACGCGUACGAACACUACACGCGUGCAUGUGGUCCCGUGCUGAACGGCGACAGGAAAAAGUGCCCGAGCCACUGCAUCUCUUCGCUCGUGCAGCUCAAUCUGACCAAAAGCGGACCGGCUCUAGAGGACUGCAGCUGUGCUCACGAUCCGUUGUGCACAAGCACCAAGCGGGCCAUCGAGCCGUGCCUGCCCAGGACUACCAGCACGGGCUGCACGGAGGCUCGGCGUCAGUGCGAGAGGGACCAGCAGUGCAGCUCCACCAUGCACGAUUAUCUGAACCACUGCGGGAAACUUUUUAGCGGGGCGAUCUGCACCAACGCAUGUAGGAAUGUGAUCGCGAACAUGCGUAAAAUCCCCAAAGGUCAGCAGCUGGACACUUGCAUGUGUGACGGCACGGAGAGGGCCAUCUGUGAGUUUGUGAAGAGCAGCAUGAAGGCGCUCUGCUUCGACUCUCCGGUCAGAGAAGAGGAGGGCAGCGGUUCCGAGUAUGUCCAGGAUCCAGAUUAUGACGACGACCCCUCGGAUCCGGACUAUCCAGAGGAGCUGGAGAGCGGAGCCUCUCCCCCUGCUGCAACCCACUGUGUUUUGACCCUCUUGGCAUCCAUUUUGGCUCUAUUGCCCCUCAUUUAGUCCCCGGGUUCAUAAUCUGCCCUGGCUAUUGUCCGGAUAAAAGGCAAUCUAAACUUUUGUCACUCAUUGACCUGCUUCUUCUGAAAAGGUUAGAGCUUCAGAGACUCACCGAAAGCCUUAUUUGGGAGGUUUGAAAAAGACUUGAAACGCUGAAGGAUAUCAAAUCAGGAUAUUUUCUAUGCAAAUCACAGCAGAAAGAUCUGUUUUGAAAGUGCCUGAGCUGCAGGCUGCUUCUCUUAUCAAACCACAACACUUCACGGCUCUCCACAUGCUUUGCUUAUGUGAUAAGCUAAAUUAGAUUGUCUCCUCUCUCUCUCACAGACUCUGAUAGUAAAGCUGUCGGGAUAGAGACACAGUGUUUUGGAAACAAUGCAACAUUUAAUCAGUUUAUGCUCUGCACUGCCAAUCCUUUUGUUUUGUUUUAAAAGAUAUGAACUAUUUUUAUAUGAUACUGUUGCCACCUGGCACCAGGAUGAUCUGAUUUACAAGUAUUUAAUGCUGGAAUCUCUAAAUGUGUAAAUAGAGGAGGAGUUAAAGUGAAACAGUAAUUUAUUACAUGCCACCUAGUUACAUCCAAAUGUUCAUCAUGUGAAUAAAAGACUGAAUUCCAGCUUUAAAGGGAAGUUAUUUGUGACUGUAUUCUCUUCAAAGAUACUGUGCAUUGUAUAUAAUGUGUAUAGCCUUUAUAGAUUUUUUCCAGAGAAUCCUCUAUGUUUGAGGCUAUGAGAUGAUUUAUUCACUGUGUAUAGCCUAGAGAAAGAAAUGUCUAAAUCCACUGUAUGAUUGCCUUAUUGAUAUACUUUUAUAGAAGGCAUAAAGGAAACUUGAAGAUAUAA